AUUCGUCAUUGUCCCUUAACUCAAACCCUACCAGCUACCCUCUCUGCCUCUCACAGACUCGCUCUCCCUCGGUGGCAGAGGAGAUGUCGCAUUUUGGGAAAUCAGGACCUCCAGACAUCAGAGACACUCACUCACUCCUCGUCCUUAAUAUCACUUUCCGCACCACCGCGGAUGACCUCUUUCCUCUCUUCGAAAAGUACGGGAAGGUCGUCGACGUCUUCAUUCCCCGGGACCGAAGGACUGGUGACUCGAGAGGUUUUGCUUUCGUUCGGUACAAGUAUGCGGACGAGGCUCAAAAGGCUGUGGACAAGCUUGAUGGGAGAGUUGUGGAUGGAAGAGAAAUUAUGGUUCAAUUCGCCAAGUACGGUCCAAAUGCCGAGCGAAUUCAUAAAGGGAGGAUAGUUGAGACAUCUUCAAAAGCAGCAGGCCGGUCAGGAAGCCGCAGUCCUCGUCCAAGGUAUAGGGAUGAAUACAGGGACAGGGACAAAGAUUAUAGGAAGAGAAGCCAUAGUAGAAGCAGGGAUAGAUAUGAUCGUGACAGAUACAGUGAGAGGGAAAGAGAUCAUCGCUGCCGAAGCAUGAGCCGCAGCUCUAGUCCUGAUCAUCGAAGGCAUUCUGGGAGAGGCAGAUAUAAUGAAGAGAGACGCAGUCGAAGCCGAUCUUAUGGAAGUGCCUCCCCUACUCGGCAUAGUCCUGAUUCUAAGAGGGCCCCUUUUCAACAUAAGACUCAGAGAGAUGAAAGUCCUGUUGGACACAACCCUAAAGAACACUCCCCUGCUCUGAAAACUGUGUCACCACAUGGUCGGCGCUCUGUUUCUCCAAGUCCAUCUCUGCAGAGAACCAAUGGUCAUGAAGCAUGAAGCAGCAUACAAUGUGAUAGAAAUUUCUUUUGCUUGAUGGGUUGUGUGUGUUUGCUUCCACAAGGAAGAACACAUAUUUGCAAUGUGUUUUUCAUUAGUGUAAUGCUCAAUGCAUGAUUUGAUCGUAAUUUAUGCUCAACUGACAUAUCAUGUAGAAGAAAAGUUUGAAGCUAGACACACUUUAUUGAAACUAGUGCCUUGUUUAAUAGCUUUGACAUAAGUUUCUGUGCUUUCAUUUUGUACCUUUUAUACUAAUUUUUAUGCACUCAGUGAUUUUUCACUGAACAUGCCAACGUUGAUUAUCAUAUGUUUCAGUUAGUAGGUUCGAAUACUUUGAUUGCAAGAUGAUAACCUUGCUGUUGGUCCUUUUAA